AUGACUUUGGCCGUCGACCUGCUGAACCCUUCUGCUGAGCUUGAAAAGCGUCAACACAAGCUCAAAAGACUCGUGCAGUCACCCAACUCGUACUUUAUGGAUGUGAAGUGCCCUGGCUGCUUCGCCAUUACCACCGUGUUUUCGCAUGCCCAUACUGUUGUUCUGUGUUCCUCGUGCUCCACGGUUCUCUGCCAACCAACCGGUGGAAAAGCACGUCUGACCGAGGGUAUGUUCUUGUGGCUGCUCUUCACCUUCGCAAUGAAUGACAUGUCUCCAGGCUCCUCUUUCCGCAGGAAGAACUGA